GGUGGUCGCUCCACUGCCGCCCGGGAUCUGGCAGCUGCCGCGUUACUGGCGCGUCCAGCUUCACCGAUGGCUGCUCUCGGGAUGCGGCUGCUUAUUGGGGUCUUCUUCUUUGGCGGCGGGUGUGCCCGGUACGCUUGCCCAGGACUGCACCAACUGCUGAAUGGUCGUCAGUUUUUCCGCUAUGGAGGGAUUUAUGUGGCAUUCUUCUGCAAUCCUGGUUUUGAUCGUUACGGGUAUCAGACCAGCAGCUGUGUUUCGGGUCGAUGGACCAGGGAUCCACCAGUGUUGCGUUGCCCCAGGAUGCCCAGAUGUUGGAAGUAUCCCACAUGGAAGCCGCACCCUACGUAAAGAUAAUUCUGUGGUCAGAUACACAUGUGAUCCUGGGUUCAGACUGUCUGGAUCACCAAUGCACUACUGCGAUGGCAAUAGAUGGAAUGGCACCAAGCCAGUGUGCAAAGAGUUGGAUUCAGUGAAGUUUGAAGAGAUACACACUGAGAUUACAAAAUCAAAUUCAUUGCCAAACUUGAACGCGCCGUUGUCGAUGAAAAAGCUUUCAGGAAAACUUUUUAAGGUUCAGUGUUGUAAUACUGGAGAUACAGCUGAAAAAGGCUCCUUUGUUGAACAUAUCCCACUGCCAGAGCAUCACACUGACACUAUUACAAAAACUUCCCUGGCCCUGCAGCUCCUCCCCACAGAACAACCUGCGAUCGGCGAGGCUGAACCUGGAAAAAACAUCAAAGGCGCUUGGAAUGCAAAGGUUGCCUCUGGUAAUGCCCUCUUCAACAAAGGAUCACCAGAAGACCAAUACAACCAAGUAAACAUUCAGCAUGUGGCAUCAAUAUCUGCACAUCUGGUUUUACCAUCACUGACAAGACCAUCUACCUUGUCAUUGCAUUCCAUGUUGGUUACACAACUAACUCCCCUCUCAUCACCACAGACAAAAUUCUCCACUGAAUUCCUGGGGCCAGAGCCUAACUCCAGAAUGAAUUUAAUAUCAUCAAAGACACCUUCAUCUGCGUCUUCAUCUCUGUACCAGCCUUCAAAAUUAUUACCUCAAUCAGAUUUGACAAACUUAUCAAUCCAGUCAUUUCCAUCUUCUUCACCAACACAACGUGACACAGUACCUUCACCUUCACUAAAACAAUCAUCAAAUAUUUUCCAUACCAGCUCUGUCAGAAAAUAUCCUUCAUCCCCAGUACCUAAGCAGUGGACUUCAAAGUCAUCACUCCUUGAUAAACAAGAUGCAUCGAGCAGCCAAUCGUAUUCCAUCACAGUGGUGGAAAGGACUACUUAUCCAGCUCCUGUUGCACUCAAACCAUAUGGGUGGCUGAGGGGGACAAUGAGUGGUGUCCUCAAGGAAGAUGGCUCCAUCGAUAAAGAGGAUGCAUCAGCAGCAAGUCAAAAGCAACCUCAGAAGGAGAAGAUAUCAUUGAAUAUUGACUCACAGCAGGCAGGAACAUCUGGCUUGUUCACUCCAGCUGUCACAGCUAAUGGUAUCAGUUCAAAACCUUCAGCCUCCCUGGAUGAAGACAUCGUCUCAUCACUAUCAAAUUCCAAAUCAUUGAGAGGAAAAUCUUCUCAAAAUGUCACUGAUAAAUAUACCUUUACUUCAGUGAGUGAAAAUAUAACUGCCCCCUCUUCUUCAGACACAUAUUCCAGAAGAGCAGACCAGAUGAAGGUCGGACAUGCAACUGUUGGUCUGGAGGGGACCUCUCUCCCUUUGUGGUCGGUCACUGUCAUUCUGUUACCUAAAACAGGUAACGACCAUGGAAACUCAAACCUGCCAGGUCCUGUUCAUGGGCAAAGCUCCAUCUCCAAAACAACCAUUGCUAUUCUACAACAUGCUGAGACACUGCCCCCUCAAACAAUUCGACAUGUUAGUGAUCUGAAUGCAACUGAAAAUACAGGCCAAGGAAAUCAAUCAAACAGCACCAAUGGACCAGAAGGUCUGAUAAACAAAGAUCGUUCAACCACAGAGCAAAGGUUGUCACUGCUGGAUGCCUUUGGAAAAAUUAAUGGAUCAAAAAAUUCUCAGUUGACUACAACAACACGAGGUGCUCAAAGCAAUGUAAGACAAACAAAAUCAAAUGUACGUGGUUCUACUGCACCAGAAAGCACAAGCCCUUCAACUCCCAGAGCUACAGUCCAAGCUCAGGGGGAGCAGAUCACACUGAAUGGGAGUUUGUCAACUAAUAAAUCAAGCAAUCUCACUGACCUGAUGUCAAAUGUGCUUGAUGCUAAACCAACCGAGCUGAUACUGCAAACUAGCCUGGGUGAAACGAGUGUGGUGGGUGAGGCAGAUGUGGGGCAGGUUGAUUUACCGAGGCCUAUUGUGUGUCCUUCACCAGUUGCACCAGAUCACGGCAGGCUGUACUUUCGGAACCUGGUCAGACGGUCACCAUGGCAACACAAGUACUACAUACAGUAUUCCUGUACUCCAGGUUAUGCCUUGGUUCAUGGAGACCGAUUCAGAUUUUGUCAGCACAAUGGUUCAUGGAGUGGAGAGAGACCUGUCUGUGCAGGUAAGUACAUACAGUAGAUUACAUUUGUAACCAGUCCAUCUGUUCGCUAUACUGUAGGUCAGCAAACCAUCCAUUUUAAAUUAGUUAAUCUUCAAGGCAAGCUCUGGGCACUUUCAAGGUCACUGCGAUUCAAAUAGUUCGCAGUAGGAGGCAUGAUUUUAUUUUUGUUCAGUAUGAUGUUUUUGAUUCAGUUUGAAGGGAGGGGAGAUGUGUCGGCCUUUAAUAGACUAGACUAAAGAUACAGUGUAGAAACAGACCCUUUGGCCCACCGAGUCUGCACCGUAAUAGUGCAAGUAAAAUCAGACUUUUCAGUUAUUAU